AUGGAGCUGUUUCAGGCAAAAGACCAUUAUAUUCUUCAGAGCGGCGACAACGCGCUGUGGUGCAGCAGGAAGGACGGCUCUCUGAGCGUCAGACCCGCAACGGACCUGCUACUAGCAUGGAACCCUAUAUGUUUGGGACUUGUGGAAGGCGUUAUUGGAAAAAUACAACUUCAUGCCGACUUUCCUCUGGGCCUGAUUCUGAUCCGCCAGAAAGCACUGGUGGGCUUGUUGCCAGGAGACCACAAAGUGUACAAGAUCACCAAGAUAGCAGUCAUUCCGCUCUCAGAAGAAGAACCACAGGAUCUGGAGUUAGAGCUUUGCAAGAAGCACCACUUUGGGAUAAAUAAACCAGAGAAAAUCACUCAGUCUCCAGAGGACUCCAAGUUCCUGUUGAAGACUUUGAGUCAAAUCAAGUCUAAUGUUGCUGUUCCCAUCAAGAAAAAGGUCAAAGAGAAUAAAGAAAAGGAACGACUGGAAAAGAGACUGCUUGAUGAGUUGUAUAAGAUAUUCAUGGACUCUGAUUCCUUUUACUACAGCCCCACCUAUGACCUUACAAAUAGCGUCCAGAGACAGGGAGCAUUAGAGAAGUCAGAUCUGCCACUGUGGAGACAGGUGGAUGACAGAUUCUUCUGGAACAAAUACAUGAUACAGGACCUAAUUGACCUGCAGGUUUCUCAGGUAGACUUCUGGGUAAUCCCCAUAAUCCAGGGCUUUGUACAAGUGGAGGAGCUGGUGGUGAACUAUAAUGAAAGUUCAGAUGAGGAGAGGAGCAGCCCUGACACUCCACCGCAGGAGCACACCUGUGUGGAUGACAUCCACCCCCGCUUCACAGUGGCGCUCAUUUCUAGACGGAGCCGCCACCGUGCUGGCAUGCGCUACAAACGCAGAGGAGUGGAUGCUGAAGGACAUGUGGCCAACUAUGUGGAGACAGAGCAGCUAAUCCACGUGCAUAGUCACACGCUGUCAUUUGUGCAGACACGAGGGUCUGUCCCUGUGUUUUGGAGCCAAGCUGGGUACCGCUACAAUCCCAGACCUCGUCUAGAGAAAGGAGAGAAAGAAACAAUUCCAUAUUUUGCUCUGCACUUUGAUCAGCAACUUAAGAUUUAUAAGAAGCAGGUCAUCAUCAAUCUAGUGGACCAGAAUGGGCGCGAGAAACUGAUUGGUGAUGCAUACCUUAAACAAGUGCUGCUCUACAACAAUCCCAACUUAACAUACGUCUCAUUUGAUUUCCAUGAGCAUUGCCGAGGAAUGAAGUUUGAGAAUGUGCAGACACUCACUGACGCCAUCUCUGACAUCAUCACAGAUAUGCGCUGGGGCUGGGUGGACCAAGCAGGAGUCAUCUGUACUCAAGAUGGCAUUUUCCGGGUCAACUGCAUGGAUUGCCUAGACAGGACCAACGUAGUUCAAGCUGCUAUCGCUCGUGUGGUCAUGGAAAAGCAGUUGAAGAAAUUGGGGGUGAUGCCCCCUGAACAGCCACUGCCCCUCAAAUGUUAUAGGAUCUACCAGGUGAUGUGGGCUAAUAACGGUGACACAAUCAGCCGCCAGUAUGCUGGUACAGCUGCCCUAAAGGGGGAUUUCACACGGACAGGAGAGCGAAAACUGGCUGGAGUGAUGAAAGAUGGUGUGAACUCAGCUAAUCGUUACUAUCUGAACCGCUUCCGUGAUGCAUACAGACAGGCUGUCAUCGACCUCAUGAUGGGUCUCCCUGUGACAGAAGACUUGUAUUCCAUCUUUAGCAAAGAGAAGGAGCAUGAGGAGAAAGAGAAGGAGAGUCAGAGGGGAGCACAGGAGCAGGUCAGCCUCCUUCUACAGACAUACAUGCAGCUCCUGCUGCCAGAUGAUGAGAAGUUCCAUGGUGGCUGGGCUCUCAUUGACUGUGACCCCAGUCUUAUUGAUGCAACGCACAAAGAUGUGGAUGUUCUUUUACUGCUGUCCAACUGUGCAUAUUAUGUUGCUUACUAUGACGAGGAAGCAGAUAGAGUUAAUCAGUACCAGCGCCUCAGUUUAGAGGGUUUGGAAAAGAUUGAAAUAGGGCCAGAGCCCACUCUGUUUGGCAAACCCAAAUACUGCUGCAUGCGAUUGCAUUACAAAAAUGAGGAGACGAGUGGUUACUUCCACACCCUGAGAGCUGUCACACGGAACCCAGAGGAUGAUGGAAAAGACACACUGCAAUGCAUAGCAGAAAUGCUUCGCAUAACAAAACAAGCUAUGGGACCUGACCUGCCAGUCAUAGAGAAGAAGUUGGAAAGGAAGCACAGUAAGCCGCACGAGGACAUCAUGGGCAUACAAGGAAAAGCCACUGAGCAAAUUCUUGGCUCAGGUUUGGCUCAGGGCAAAAGUUUCCUCAUGAACAAGUUCUCAUCCUUAAAUCAGAAAGUAAAGCAGACAAAAACUAAUGUCAACAUUGGAAACUUCAAGCCUCUUGGUCGACUAGGUACCUUUUCCAAGCCAGAGGUAAAAGUGAACUUCUUAAAGCCCAACAUGCGUGUGAACCUCUGGAAAUCAGACAGUAGUUUAGAGACUUCUGAUGGAAACACAGGCUGUAGCCAUAAGAACCUUUGUGAUGACCGUUCAGAUGCGGGGCACACCUCUGACUCUGACUCUUAUAACUCAGAUGAGCAGCCAUGCUCAGGCUCCCUGGAAAACAUAGACUAUGUGCUCCCCAGCUGUGGAAUUGUGGCAUCUGCACCUCGACUUGGCAGCCGCUCUCAGUCCAUUGGAAGUGUUGAACUUGCUGUGCCCUCUGUUAUUCGUGUCACUGGCUGUGAGAACAAAGUAGAGGACAGUUUAUCGGUUGGACCAAACGCCCAAUCCCCAGGGGCAGCCUCAGAAGCAGAGGAAGCCAUUUUGAUUGACUUUGGGACACCUAUCGAUGCUUACUGUCAGCAGUUUGUCCAAGAUGCCCAGAUCAAACCAAUAGAAGUGUUUGAGGAACGUCCGGUACUGCCACCAAACCCACUGGCAUCUCAGGGUCCUGCGUCGACGUCAGGCUCAAAGCCAGAUUCAGGCUCAGCCUCCCAGCAGCAGCAACUCCCUCGUCCGUCUCAACUUGAUGUAGAGCCUUCAGUUCCAGGGGGAAACCUCCUCACUGUCCACCCACCAGGCUCUGCUGCAUCAGGCGGCUCACAGAAGAGCCUUAGCUCCCAUGUGGAAGGCAGUCUAGGGCCUUCCCCAGCAGAAAGCAAUGGAAGUCGUGUUGUAUCUCCCUUUGCUAAGAUCAAGAGCUCCAUGGUGCAGGUGGCUAGCAUGACCCAGGCAGGACUCACACAAGGUAUCAGCUUUGCUGUGGCAAAAGUUCAGAAAAGUCCAGAGCCAGAAGCUGUCAAUGAAGUCCAAGAGAGCGAGUUGCGAGCGAUGUUUACACAGUGCCAGACUAGAAUCAUUCAGAUAUAGAAUGUUUGUUUGGCCUCAUGCAGAUGUAUCUUUAGUGUAGAAUGUGACUUCCAGCACAGUAGCAGUAGCAUAAGCUUGCACAGUAUGUGUACAGAGUCAACUAACAUCCUUACUCCUUAUUUCUCCACUAGUUAAUCUAACUGAUGUUUACAGCUAGUGUUGUGUAGUGUAUAGUACACCUAAGCUGAACCUGACUGUGCCCUUAUAAAAUCCUUAAUAUUCAUUACUUUACAUUACUGGUUUUGCAUGUUGAGAAACUGGUUGGUCUUGAGUAGAUUGAGAUAAGGAGGUUUUAUUGCAUGUCAAGAGACAAGACCUAAUAUUGUCACGUGCGACACCUGCUGUGCAGUAGAGUUCUUUGCAUAAAUUGAGUGUUGUAGCCGUAGCUAAAACCUGUAGUAAAAUAGCCGGAUUCUAAUAUCUAUUCAAUGGGCAGCUCAGUAAUAGAUAGCAGAAAAAGAGGAAAGUAAACAUAAAGUCACAUAUAGUUAAAGAAAUAUCUUUGUUGUGGUGUAUGUUAAUAGAAAUGUACCAAAGUAGCUACAGAAUACAUUUAUAAUCUCUGGUUAAAUAAUACUGUCCAGUAUGUAAUUAGCAUAUUAUAAAAGUACUGUAUACUGAGUCUUCUGAAGUUGAACCCUCCAUUUAAUAUAUUUAGACAGAGGAAAUAUAUUUACGUAAGUUUGUUUAUCGUGAUAAAUGAGAAAAACGCCACUUCAGAUAGACACUUGAAACACCUCAGAGUCGUUACUGACAUUUCUUUAUGCAUUAGCGGUUGAAUUAGAAAUAUCGUGCUUAAAGGUACAAUGAGUAGAAAUUCCGUUAAAACUUGACUAACAAUUAAGACGAGCCGCUAUUUGUUGGUAGUAAGUAUGAAGUGGAAUGGUAGAUGCAACGUGAAGGCUUAAAUCAGUUUACGAGCUGGAAAACUGCCUUUCUUUUCUACCAUGGUUUAGGUGAAAUUGUGCAGUGCUAAAUACGCUACAUCGUGCUAACUUCAAUUCCUGUUUGACAAAAGAUGUAACCAUCAGCAACAUAGCAACUUGUGACUUAAGAAAAUUGCAAAACUAUUACUUAUUGUACCUUUAACCUUCUUAUCACAUUGCAUUAAGUGGGGAAACUAUAUUUAUUAAAUACAUUUUAUUUCUAGAUUGUACAAGUGACCUGUUUAUUUUUUCCUAGAAAUGCAUUAGGGUAAUGGAAAGUGGUCAGUGUCUUAAAAUGUCCUUGUGUAAAAUGUUCUGUUCAUCCAAAGGGGUAAAGUCUAUCUGCAAAAAAGACCUGCAUCAAAUGCUUGCCUUAGUAUUUCUGUGAUAAAUACAUUUUUGCAUUUAAACAUGGAAAUUGAAUCAAAAAUAAGUAACUGGAUGUAUAUAUGAAUAUACUCAACAAUACCAUAACUUCUUAAGGAGGUAUUUGAUGCAGGUCAGAUGCAAGGAACCCUGGCCAAACAUAAAAAAACACUGUAAAAUGCUUUUUGCACUCUUAAGUAUCAAGAGUAAGCCUUAUCAGAAUAUUAAGUGCAGGUAUUUUUGACAAAUCUACCUUCAUAUUAAAUGUCGAUAACUGUUUUCAUUCAGGUUAUAUUUUGCUGUGUUUGUGGUGUAGUAAAUUCAGAUUUAUGCCACGUCAAUAAUAUGUUCAUUGAUAUUUUGAUGCUCAGGCUUGAGAUCUGACCAUUAUAGUGCUUUUGUUGAUAUGAACUUAAGUGAGUGAGAACUAUUUGAGAUACUUCAGCUUAAAAGUACCAUACUUAACUGUCAUGCCACUUUAAUGAUGCAUUUAUUGACUUGAUAAAGGAGGUUAUGUUAUAAAGUUUGAUAAUCAUUGGCUUUAGUAUGACAUGUAUUAGAAGAGGCUAGUAUGUUGCAUGUGAUCAUUCACAGUAAAUACUGCCUCUUAGUCAAUAGGCUUUAUAGCCCAAAGAAGGCCAUGAUGACUUAAAAGACUAAGAAUACAUUUUGCCUUAAAGGCCAGCCUCCUGUACAACAUAAAAACCAUCACUGGUAAUUUUGCUUUGCUCAGCUAUAUUGCUCCCUUAUAAAACUGAAUCAUUGGAGGUGAACCUAACGGUAGCUUACAAUUAGAUAACCCAUUAAUCCUGAUUUAUUGCAUUCCUUUGCCAUGUAGCAUAGCGCAAUCUGGGUUUAUAUGUAAACUUGGAACCAAAAAUUAGCCAGGAAUAUACGAGACAUGAGGUUCACUUGAUCAAGGAGCCUGCUUCAUGGUCAUCUCAAGCCUGAGACACCAAUAUUUCACAGGAGGCUGGAAGGGUCUCUUUCUUAUGAACCACAUAUUUUAAACUGAUUUUUUUUUUGUUUUCUGCUCAGUUGCUCCAUGAGGCUUAUUAUUCAUAUAUUCUUUUACUUACUGUGUAAGUAAACUUAAUCUACUCCUCGCUUCCAUAAUACCUGAGAGCUGGUACUUCAUUCUGCUGUCUGCUGACAUCGGCACAGUUUAAACUUUUUAACGUGGUUAUAAUGCCAUUUUGAUUAUAUGUAUGUUGGGUAAAUGGGUUUGGGUUGUAGGUUGAGUUCCUUUUUUAAGUGUUUGAGAUGGCAUGCACUGGACUGAAGGUUAUUCUAGAACAUUCAUACAAGGAAGUGGUACAUACAUUUAAAAUCUUCCAAGGAACUUUACUGUGUAAGUAAACAUUCCUCUUGCUGUAGGUGUUCAGCCCCCCCCUCCCCUUUUUUCUUGUAUGUAUUUCAUUUAUUGUUUUUUUCUAUGCAUAAGGACUUGCACCUUUCCUUGUUUUCUUCCCCAAAGUUGAAGUUGAAAAAGGACAAUUAUUUGACACAAAGUGCUUUUGAAACCUCAUUUUAUUUGCCAUCAUCACUUAACUGACAUGUCUGAUAUACUGAAAUAUUGUUUUUUUCUCUCUGAAAAUGUUUUCAAUCAUGUAGUGUUAAGUGUAUUUAUUGCACAGCAUUUAAGCACACUUUCCAGUAUCUUCCCAUGUCUGUGUGAAUGGUGACCUCUUCCACACAAGUUUGUGAGAUGUUUCCAUCUAAUGUUUCCAGAAUUUUAUUGUAUAAUAGCCUAUUUAUUCUAAAACCUUCAUAGUCUUAAUUCCCUGUGUUUGCUAAUAACAUUAACAACUGUGUAAAACUGCUGUAUUUUAUGUUAUGGGACAUAUCUGGGAGGCUCUUUAAGUAAAUAAUUCAAAGGAAAUUUA